UAUUUACUUUUAGCUCAAUAUUAAUUACAAACUGCAUUGAUUUUAUAAUAAAUCCAUUUAUCUAAAAUACUAUUGAUUAAAUAGAUGGUAUUAAUGAAAACAUAAAAAUAUUUCAAUCAAUUUUUAAUAUGUGUGAAAAUUGUGUAAGUGGCACUUUUUGUUUGGAUGGAGUAUUUUAUAAAUUGUCUAAAACAUUUUAAGAGGUGGAAAUCUUUUAUAGUACUUCUAGAUAAACUCUAUAAAUUAGAUACAAUUUGGGAUUUUCCAAAAUGGAUAAAUGAUUCAUGAACAUAUAACUAAGCAUAAUCCAAAAUGAAAAUUUAUUUUAAUACAUGUAAUAUAAGCUAAGCUUGUUUUUAAGGGGACUUGAAAAGUGUAUAGAUAAACGUUACGACCCACAUAUGAUUCUUGGAGAUUGCCAAAAACACAUGAUCCAAGAAACUCUUUUCCCCAUUCAGAUUUUCCUUUCCAAAUAACCUUUUUGUGUGUAUCAAAUAAAUGCAAGUCAAAGUAUACGAAUAUUUUCAUACUUAUAUUCUCUCACCUUAAUUUUUAUUCAUAGAUAGUUAUGCAUACCUUACAUAACGUUUUCGUACUUUUUUUAAUAUGACCCGCACAUACACAAGUUCCAAUUCUUAAAACCAGUGGUGGUAGUCCAGUGGCGCUUGAGGGAUUAAACCCAAUACGGCGAAUUCUGGUUCGAACCCCGCUGGCCACACGGAUAUGGGCUAUUGCUUUCGACUCAUUUGAAUGCCCAGGAGAGGGUCUAUCCGUGGGCUGUACCUCCACCCGGGGGUUAGGUCUGUGUCUUUAAUAGACCCGGGUUUAACCCUUUAUUUUAUCAAAAAAAAAAAAAAGUUCCAAUUCUUAACGUCUUCGACGUCGGGGCUAAUUAACGUUUAUUUAUGAGUACAACGACUUGAAAAUGAGUACAGUGACGUGUUACAUAUAAAAAACAUUUCGACCAAACUUUAUAUAAAUAUGUUCACAAUAUAUAUUAUCUUAUGAGUUUUUUUAAUAUAAAACUCACAUACAAGAUUCCACAUAUUAUACAAAAUUUUUAUUUAGAAGGAAAAUUUGCAAAAAGAUUCACUAAUGUUUAGCCAAUUUUAUUUUCACUUAAUUUUAUUUUAAAUUUUUUUUUUCAUGUGUUAUUUUGAAAAAAAAUGUCUUUUAAUGUUAACUAACAGUAUCUUUACAUAUCUAUCAACCACAUUUAUAUACUUUUAUAUACACAUAUACACAUUGACGUAAGCAUAUAUAUAACUAAAUCUUCAUUACACGUGAGGAUUCUAAAUUUCUUGAAAGUUUGAAAUAUUAUUUUUAAUACUUCCUUUCACCAUGACCAAAUUGUACAUAAAUAAAAAAAAUUCUUCGACUAUUAUCUAGAUUUGAUUUGAUUUUACAUGCGUUUAGAAAUUAUGAUAUAAAACCAUUGAUUCGACACUAGGACUCACUAAAAUUCAUCUAACAUGAAAUUAAACAAAUAAUAAUAGUUCUUGUUUAUUACCGGAAAAAUCAAAAACCUCAAGCAUUUUAACCGAACAAACCAAAAUAAAUAUGAAUUUAAAAUGGUGGUUAUAUUUUUAAAAGAUUAAAAAAAACUUAAAACUAAACUGAUAUCUAGAUUAAAUAGAUCUCUUGUCUUCUUAUCUUAAAAAUACGCGACGCGUGUUAUUACCUGGUAGUUUAGUAAUCGUGCAGCCUCCAUUAACUAAGCCGUACAUAUAGCUAAAUGUACACCAAAUAACCCUUCUCUGCAAGAGGCCAUAGGCUUCUUCUUACUUCGCCUCGAAACUAUCUCCAAGACAGUAUUAAAUUACCAGUUUUAUAGUUCACAUCUAAUGAUUUUACCAUAUCAAAGAUUCAAAACCCUUAAUCCUGUCUCCCCGAAGAAGCAACAGUGAGUGCACGCUUACGAGGCAGUUGCUCCCCCACACUUCCUCCACUCUCCAACCUACACGUGUCACACCCUUUCCACAUGCACAAACUCACACACAAAUUCAUGCAUGCGUAUAUAAUACAUUCUUGUUGUUAGAGCCUUAGAGGAAAGAAGAGAGAGAUAUGGAGAGAACAGAAGCCUUGACGUCAUCGUUUAUAUGGCGGCCAAACGCAAACGCAGAGAUAACUCCGAGCUGUCCAAGAUGUGGAUCCUCCAACACGAAGUUUUGUUACUACAACAACUAUAGCCUCACUCAGCCACGCUACUUCUGCAAAGGCUGCCGCAGAUAUUGGACCAAAGGUGGCUCCCUCCGCAACGUGCCCGUAGGCGGUGGCUGCCGCAAAUCCCGCCGUCCCAAAUCCUCCUCGGGUAACACUAAAACCGGCCUAACCGCUAAUUCUUACAAUUCCGGUGGUGGCUCACCAAACAUAGAUCUUGCUCUUGUUUACGCCAAUUUCUUGAACCCAAAGCCUGACGAACACAAACGUCAAGAAAACUGCGACACAGAUUUUCUAGUCGAUGAACCUGCCGGCGCUUCGAUGGAACCCUUAUGGAGGGACAUCGGUCAUGGACAUCAUCAUCAUCACUAUGAACAUCAGGUGGAACACAUUGUGGAGGAAUGUGGUUACAAUGGGUUGCCUCCAUUUCCUGGUGAAGAGCUUCUGUCUAUUGACACUAGUGGUGUUUGGUCUGAUGCUUUAUUGAAUGGUCAUAACCAUGUAGACGUUGGUGGUGUGACUCCGGCUCAGAUUGUUCAGGAUCCGGUGGUUCAUUUUGCUUACGAAUCCAAUGACUCCACCAACCUCUUGUUUGGAAGUUGGAGCCCUUUUCAUUUCUCAGUCGAUGGAUGAUCUUUAUUUGCAUAAAAGUUUGUAUUGUACUUAUUAUACAUACAUACACAAUUAUAUGAAUAUAUUAUGGAUCAUUUAUGUAAAUAAGAAAGUUCAUAAUUUAAGUACAAAUUUAAGGGGUAACUAGAUUUUGACCCGCUCUUGGAAAGAGCGGGUAUAUUAUUGUUUUAAUUUUUUUUUUACUAUUUCAAUUUUUUUAAUUUUUAUAUAUUGUUUGAUAUUAGUUAAAUUUAAUUUUUUUUUUUGCAAACUAUACUGAAUAUGUCAAGUUACAUUACAUCAUUUCACAAAUUAAGUAAUCCUAAUUAUAACAAUUAU